AUGAUUUUAUUCAACGCCUUCGCCGUCACACUUACUCUUAUGCUUUCUCCUGCCGCUGUUAUGGCAGAAGUAGCACGAAAUCCUUUGAUCAAACUAUGCAAAGAUCCCGCGUUCGUUGACUGCUACGAGCCUCCUGCCGACUACCUCAAGUGCGUGGAUGUCCGAACCGAUUUCAUCGAUACAAUCACGUCUCUCGAUACCUACGACAAGGUGUGCUACUUUUACGAGGACCUCUCUUGCCUGGGCGCGAGGCUUGGUCACACCGGUAAAAUGCCAGGCCUGCAUGUGAGCGAAUAUACCUAUCUCAACGAUGCCAUCUCUUCUUUCAAGUGCGGUAUUGCAGAAGAGGUGGAAGUACCAAAGCCAAGAGGAGGCUAG